GUUAGAAGAGUAUCUCCGCCGUCUUCGUGCUCCAUUGCAUCACGGCUGCCUCAUCGAUCUCCAUCACCAUGGCUGAGCCUGUUCGCGUACUUGUCACCGGAGCUGCCGGUCAGAUCGGCUAUGCCCUGGUCCCGCUCAUUGCCAGGGGCCACUUGUUGGGCCCGGACCAGCCAGUCAUACUGCACAUGUUGGAUAUUCCCCCAUGCGCGGACUCUCUCAAGGGUGUGGAGAUGGAGCUGUUGGACGGGGCCUUCCCACUUCUUCGAGGUAUCGUUGCGACGACGGAUGUGGUGGAAGCUGCGACCGGUGUGAAGGUUGCGGUGAUGGUGGGCGGGUUCCCUCGCAAGGCUGGCAUGGAGCGCAGAGAAGUUAUGGGCAAGAAUGUCACCAUCUACAAGGAGCAAGCGGCCGCGUUGGACAAGUACGCCGAUAAGGACGUCAAGGUGCUGGUGGUUGCGAAUCCSGCGAACACGAAUGCGCUCAUUCUGAAGGAAUACGCGCCGUCGAUUCCCCCUAAGAACGUCACCUGUUUGACGCGUUUGGACCACAACAGGGCUCUUGCGCAGGUGGCGCAGCGCGCGGGCGUGCCUGUCAUCGAUGUUAAGAACGUCAUCAUCUGGGGCAACCACUCCUCCACGCAGUAUCCUGACGUCAACCACGGAGUUGUCAAGACUUCGGACGGCGUCGAGAAACCAAUCAGGGAGGUCAUCAACGAUGACGAAUGAAAGCUCUCCAUCAUGUGUUCUAUGGAUGCGACCGUCUCCAUCGGGAAUUUGGCGUUAACGAGGAACGCUGACCUGCGCAUUGUGAGUGUCCACAGUCUUCCUAUUGACGAUUUUUCGAGGUCGAAGAUGGAUGCGACCGCCGCCGAGCUUGUGGAUGAGAAGAACCUGGCAGAUUCUAUUAUCAAGGGCACUUAGACAGG